AUGGCCUCUCUUCACUUUUGCUCGGAGUGCAACAAUCUCCUUUACCCCAAAGCCGAUCCACAACGUCGUAUAAUGGUAUACGCCUGCAGGAUAUGCACCUAUGACGAGAUUGGGGACAAUAAAUGUGUUUACCGCAACGAUUUGCUCACUGUCACCAAGGAGCAAGUUGGCGUUACAACCGACCUGGGUUCCGAUUCGACCCUAGCCCAUGAGAACAUUACAUGUCCGCGCUGUGGUCAUGAGGACGCGGUCUUCUAUCAAGACCAGUCUAAACGGAAGGAGACGCGGAUGAUCCUCUUCUUCGUGUGUACGAAGUGCAAUCACAGUUUUACAGAUCCCACGCUACCGCUUGAAGGCAGACCAGACACGUAG